CGCUCUUCCACCCUCCGCGUUCCACAUGCUAUACGCUCCUUCGCGCUCAUGACCGUCUCCUUCUCCCUCUGGACGCUGACGCUCAGCGUCUUAUCGCUGCAUCUCCAACUCCAUACGGCAGCCGCUGGCGGCUCUUACGCUCCCACGACCGACGCGCCCUGUCCCGAUCCCUCUUCCCAGCCCCUCGUCCGCUCGUUCUCGAGUGAGCAGUCGACGAAUCCGCAAGAGCAGGCCUACAUCCAUGCGCUCGAGGCAAACACUCUCCCGGACGCCUGGAAAAACUGGCUCGGCGACGCGUCUGAGAUAGGGUACACAUUCUCUGACUUCCCCGCGGGAAGCUUUCCGCGCAUCGGUAUCGGCGUCGGCGGGGGUGGAUAUCGGGGCGCCCUGUAUGGUGCUGGAGUGCUGAACGCUCUCGAUGGGAGGAACAGUAGUGCGAAGAAGAGCGGGACGGGCGGGCUGUUGCAGGUCGCGAGCUAUAUUGCUGGGUCCUCUGGCGGCUCAUGGGUGACUGCGUCUAUGCUAAUGAACGACUGGCCCACGACGUCUAAUCUCGUGUACGGCGGGGGCGGGCUCAACGGGUGGAUGCUGGAGCAAGAUCUUUUCGACCCAUCUGAUGGUGGUGGUCAGAAUCAGCAGUACUACCAGGCAGUGAUGGACAGUGUGAAAUCAAAGGCAGCCACUGGACUUCCAACGAGUAUCGUCGACCCCUGGGGCCGGCUGCUCGCUUACCACUUUCUCAAUGGAACCACCUCCAAGAAUAUGUACGACGACUCUGCGCACGGUGCUGGGCAGCUGUGGUCUGCCAUUCCACAGUCUCCUGCAUUCCAGCAGUACGCCGUUCCAUUCCCGCUCAUUGUCUCCGAUUCUUUGCAUGAGAAUCAGAAUGUUUCCGGAGUACUGCCCCUAGAUAAUGUUGUUUAUGAGUUUUCUCCGUACGAGUUUGGUUCCUGGGACCCAAACUUGGCUGCCAUGGUUUACGUCGCAUAUGUCGGCACGCAUCUAUCAGACGGCUCUGCCGCAAACGGAAAGUGCACAAUGGGCUUCGACCAGGCGAGUUUCAUCAUAGGGGCAAGCGCAAAUAACUUCAGUGGCAACCUAAACAACGGAGGCGUUGAUGGUUUCUCCAGCUCGGACCAGCAGGUGCUGCUUAGCCAAUUGAAUGACCCUAGUAAUAGCCCAAACAAUGCUGCUGCGAAUGUGCCAAACCCGUUUCAGAGCGUCAGCUCCUCGACGUUCAGCGAGUCGGGUUCAAACUACCUUGGCCUUGUCGAUGGAGGUGCAAAUGGCGAACACGUACCGUUCGGGAGUCUCCUUGUCAAGUCCCGGUUCGUGGAUGUUGUCGUUGCGCUCGAUGCAGGGGCGGACAUAGUCAAUGAUUGGCCCAAUGGCACCUCUUUGCUACAAACCUCGAACCGUGUCAAGAACGUCCUCUCGACCUCUCAUCAGCAGUUCCCGCAAAUACCAUCGUCUUCAGGAGACUUUAUCAACUAUGGUAUGAACAUGCGCCCGACGUUCUUUGGGUGUAACCCGGCGCACAAUCCACCCGAGUCGCCGCUAGUCAUCUAUCUCCCCAACUCUCCCCCUGUGGACGGUACUCAGCCAUACACUAACCCAAGCUCAAGCAUCUUCAAUUACACUGACGAUCUUACUUCGGCAUUCAUGAACCAAGCAUACGCCAACGCAGUCGGGGGAUUCAUGCCUAAUAAGACUGGCGCGGACCCAGAUUGGGGCCUCUGUCUGAGGUGCGCUGCGAUUGACCGGGCGCGAUACAAGGCCGCGUCGAGUGCCACGCCAUCCCCAACUUCAUCGUCCUCAUCGCAGACAAAGGGGCUACUCUCUGCUACCUCUUCCUUUUCCUCCUCCACCUCUCAGGCCACAGACACGAUCCCCUCUACGACACAAGUCCUCCUGCCCUCAUCGUCCACCUUCGUGUCCUCUUCGCUCUCCGAGUCGUAUCUUGACCAAGAGACCUCCCUUCUUUCCUCUGCGACCACGUCCAUCUCAGAGGACGCGCAGCCAACUCUCUCCGCCUCUGCCGACCGCUUCGCAGGCUCCCGGCGCGCCCAGGCCACCUCGACUCCGCAGCGGUCCGAAAUCUGCCAAAAAUGUUUCCAGCAGUACUGCUACAACCCAAACGCGCCUCCACCGCCGAGCUCAGUCCCUGGACGACAAACUGUCUUUGAGCAGCCUUUGCCUCUGGGUGGGAUACCCCAGGUCGAGUACUGGGUCAAGACGCACAAGGCGGAGUUGGCGGGCAUUGUGCUGGGCGUGGUGGCGUUCAUCGGGGGUGCUAUUGGAGGGAUAAGUAUUCUGGCGGAAGAGGCGAGAGAAGAAACGACAGUACUACCGGGUGGAUAGGUGGGACGAUGCGCGCGAUGAUCCAUGGAAGCACU